AUGUCGGCUCCUCAAAGCGUGCAAUGCUUCGGCAAGAAGAAGACCGCCACCGCCGUCGCGCACUGCAGGCAAGGAAAGGGUCUGAUCCGAGUCAACGGCAAGCCGCUCUCGCUCGUUGAGCCGCAGAUUCUGAGGUUCAAGGUGUAUGAGCCGGUGCUCAUUCUCGGCCCGGACAAGUUUGCCGAUGUCGACAUCCGCGUCCGCGUACGCGGUGGUGGUCACACCUCGCAAGUCUACGCCAUCCGCCAGGCGAUCGCAAAGAGCAUUGUGGCAUACUACCAGAAAUACAUCGACGAGCACAGCAAGAACCAGCUCAAGCAAGCACUCGUCGCCUACGACCGUACCCUCCUCGUGGCCGACAACCGCCGGUGUGAGCCGAAGAAGUUUGGCGGUCCGGGUGCGCGUGCGCGCUACCAGAAGUCGUACAGAUGA